AUGACCACAUUCACCUACUCCUCGACUGGCGUCGCCUCUUACGGCUCGCAACCUUCCAUCGACGCCUACACCAAGUCGUUUGGUUCAACCGCUUCCAACCGCAUCGGCGAGCUUCAGAACUUCCUUCUCGCAAGUGACUGGUCGUCGCUCUCCUCUCUCAGCCCUCCGACCGCUACCAUCCAGGCAUCCGCCGACGAAGCUACCGUCUGGUCAUCCACCUCCACCAUGUCUCAGGCACCUCUGUUUCCCUCAUCGGUUGAGACUGUCAGGCCUCUGAUCCAGAGCACCGCCGUCGCCACACCAGCCCCUGCUUUCGACGCUUCGUCGACCAACACCAUUCCAACUCCUGUUGCUGCUCCUGCUGUCUACCUGCCCGAGUCGAUGACACCUCCUCACCGCCAGUCCCUCGACACUUGCUAUAGCGACUCGGUGGGCUCCCCCGACUCGGAGCGCGACUUCCUCACCUCACCCUCGAUGUUUGACGAUGCCGACUUCGAGUUUGACGCUGACACCCUCGCCAACAACUUCCCGCUCUUUGGUGGUGACCACUCCUACGAGGACGCUUCCGAUGCUAACACUGACGACUCUGUCAACGCAUUUGCCUCGAGCUUCGAGAAUGUCAAGCUUGAAAGCACCCACCAGCCCGAGUCGCAGCAAUCCGAGAUGGAUCUCGGCGCCAGCCAGUCCACCGUCAUGCCUUCUCAGAGCCAGGUCAAGACCGAGGACGACAGAUACGACUCGCCAUCGACCCUCGAGGCUGCCUUCAAGUCUGAGGCUGACUUGACCAAGCUCGAGCCCAAGGACGAGCAAGACCUCUGGUCCGCCAACGAGCUUCAGCCCUACUUUAACGACGACGAGGCCAAGGCUGCUCUCUUGAGCACGCUUGCCAAUGCUUUCGGCCCCAGCUUCGCUGAGCCGGUCAAGCAAGGCGUGCCCACCACUCCUGCCUCUGAAUCAAUCCACUACCAAGACAACCACCACCAGCAGACUUCCAAGGUCGGGCCCGUGCGUAGUUCCCGUGCCAGUCGCCAGCGCCGAUCCUCGCCCACCAAAGCGUCAAACACUCCUUCGGCUUCCAAUAGCCUGGAACCCUUCAUCGACCCAGUCACCAAGGUUAAGAGCUGGCAGUGCACCGAGUGCGGCAAGUGGUUUGACCGCGCCUACAACCUCAAGACGCACCGAUACACCCACGAGGAUCCAGAGACUCGUGCGCGUCCUUUUAUCUGUCCCGAGAUAGACUGUCAGAAGCAGUUUGCUCGCAAGCAUGACAUGCAGCGGCACUUUGAGAACGUCCAUCGCGGCGAAUCAAGAAGAGUCAAAAGCGUCUCCAAUAAACGGAGCCGCGCCGACGACUUGGGUUAA